GGCCCCGUUAGGGACAAGUAGCAAAAUAAAUGGAGGCGAAGAAACGUCUCCCGCGUAUUUUGACUGUUGUCCUUUUCGCAUUAGAAAAUGUGAGAUUUUAGUUGAUACUGCAGGUUUGUUUUAUUAUUAUCAGAAGAGUUAAAAAGAUGGCAAGUCUCAGUCAGGAACUAAAGCGCUGGGCUGUUGAGGAACUUGAGUUGCCAGCAGCCAGACUCCCGGAUGACGGCUAUAUAAAGACGUUAUCUGUCGGUCCUGGAGCUUCCAUUUGGAAGUAUAUCACGCAACAUGUUUAUAAGGAAAGGAACGUUCGAGUCAUGAGGGGGAAUAUUCAGUGGUAUAAAGUUUUACAAGAUAAAGAGCUUAAACAGUCGAAAAAUCAGAAUAAAGAUGCGAGAAGGCUUGAGCUUCAGAGAGAGAUUGAUGCCCUUCAGACUGAACUCAAUCAACUGGACACAAAGAUCAGUAGAGUGGAGGAUCAACUUGCUACUGAAGAGAAGAACGUGAACAGGAACUGGGAGGACUUUGUGGAGAGCAGGCACAGACAGAUCCUGUUAGAUUCUUUCAGGCAGCGCUGCUCUGAGGAGAGAAACGUACUGUUAGAGGACACACACGUGAUUGGCACUCAGCGGCAUGCCCUGGAAGAGCUUUCCAAGAAAGCAGAGGUGAAGCUGGUGUUUGGGCCAUCUGACAGUUCAGACAGUGAAGCCAGCGCAGAUCCAUUGGUUUUAAAAGAUGUGAGAGAGCUCUGCAGCGAGAGAGUUCUCUUCUUCCAGGGCCUGCUAGAGAGUGAACUAAACUUGAAUUCAUCCACUCAAUUUACUCAUGAACAAAGGAAAGCAGUGAUGCAGCACUGGACGAGUGCAGUGGAGAACGUUUUACGCUCUCAUCCUCCAAACCAAGUUCUUUCAGCUCUGCAAGCCUUGACCUCCAGACAGCAGGUGGCGUUAGAGGAGAAGAUUGUAGCUUUGAAUGUAGAGCGUGACGUUUCAGAUCUAGGGUUUCGUUAUGAGAGCGAUCACCUAAUAGAUGUGUCGGCUGAGCGGAAAGAGGAGUUGACACCUGUCCGCAGUCUGUUACAGUCUGCCUGGGAGGAGGUGGAGCAGAGUUAUUUUGAACUGGCACAGACUCGGAAGAGAUGUGGGCAGCUAGAGACCGAACUCACGGCUUCGAUGAGAAAAGCAGAGACGGCACACGGAUCAGACCCAGUGUCCAGGUGUGUGUUUGAGUUGGAGAUGGAAGCAGUAAAGCAGUCAGCAGUUAGAGACAACAUCAGAGAGCAGUGUGCCCAGCUACAGCUGCAGGCCAGAGAGGGGCAGGACGCCAUCAGAACCCUGCAGGCACAGUGGCAAAGAGUCAUGGACUUCAGACAGCUUGUGGACAGAAGACAAGAGCAGAUACGGCGCCUGAUCAAGGGAAACUCCACUGUGAAGACCGAGUUAACCCGUGUCCAUGCAGAGGUUGGGCAGGUUGUUCAAGAAAAGCUCAGUCCUCAAUUUGGCAGUGUGAUUAAAGCCAGCAGUGAACUGCGCAACUCUGUGUCACAAGGGGCCAAGCACUUCAGCUGUGUAGCACUGGCUGCUCUCAAUCGCAGGGUCAUGAAGGGCAGAGGGCAGAAACCACCAGCAGCUCAGCUUUCCAUCCACCGGAUACAGUCCCCAGCUUUCCACAAACUCUGUCAAAGUCUUUCAUUUCCCAUGUAUAUGGCUCCAGAAGAGCUGUGGUCUCAAGCUGCAGUGUUAAGGCUGGAGUUAAGAAAUCUGCGCAGGCUUCUUCAGCUUUUCUCAGAGUCAUCAGCAGACCUGCAGAAGCUGACCGCACAGCUACCAUCGCCUGAUCAGCAGACUUUGGUGCAGCGUGUGAAGAUGGUAGAUGAAGAGAUUCUGCAGACGUUGCUCCCACGGGCCCGUGAGCUCACAAAGAGGUGCUCAAAAGGCCUGAUUUACACAGACCAAGUGAAGACUGCCAUCACACACUGGUGGGAGCAGCCUGGACAGCUUGCCCUGCCAGAGAUGCAGAGAGAGGGUCUGACUUUCCAACAGUGGCUUCAACGAUGGAAACUGGCAGCAAAGGAAUCCUAACUUAGUUUUGCAUUGGAGAGUUGUCGGGUUUAUGAAGCUUAUGUCGGGCAACUUUAUCUGUACAUAAUUUAUAUUUCACUUUCAGAAUAAUCUGGGAUUUAAUAGGCUAACCUAGGCUUUCUUACAGUUAUUAACUUUUCUGCAACACAUUCAGUUUGUGUUUGAGCAUACAUUGUUCAUAAAAUAUUUUAUGCACUUUUUCUGGAUUUCUCAAUAAAUAAUCUAAUACGCUGGAAUAAAGGUGCAGUUGUAUGUUUUGUGGUGUAGUAAAUCUUGCUACUGAAGGUAGAAGUUACUAAGAUGCAAAAUGCAUGUGCUGUUGUUGCCAGUGUUGUUUACAGUGUAGUACAGUAUCCUCUCGUAGGAGCUUGUGUAAUGAGACUAUGAAAUUCUCUAAUGAAUGGUAACAGUAGUGGUGCUUCUGAGUCAGAUCAAACAUUGAUCUGUAAACACAAAGUAACUUUGUGAUGACUGCCUAUGGGCAUCCAGCUCUUAUUGAUGUAAUUUCAGAUCAUUUCCUGUUUAAGAGAUACUGCUGUAGUGUAACAUCAGAAUGUUCAGUCCUGUAUAGCUUUUAAAAACUGAUUUAUAACCUGUGCAAAGUGUUGUUGAACAGUAAAAUGUCAGGCUGUGUUUUCAAAGCUAAUAAGGAAACUAAUAGUCUAUCUUUCAAAAGUCAGGGGUCAUGUUUUGAGGAAAAACCUUGCUCAAUUAGUUUGCAUUUAUUUGCUCAAAAAUACAGUAAUAUUGUGAAAUACUAAUAACUCAAAUAAAUAUAUUGUUGAAAACUG